AUUCGACGACUACUGCCAAACCAACUCCAUUUCCCUGCGAGUCCUGUACACCUUUCGCCUUCAUAGCCUCCCCCACCUCACAUUCCGCGCCAUCGAAACCUCUGAACUUGCCAUCGACUGAGUACCAACACGUAACACACACGACCUCAGACCCGUCACCAUGGAGGUCUUACUGGGAAUUACGGGCAAGGACUUCACCCUCAUUGCCGCUUCGAAAGCCGCCAUGCGAGGCGCCACCAUCCUAAAAGCCUCCGAUGACAAGACCCGGGUGCUGAAUACACACACGCUGAUGACAUUCUCCGGCGAAGCUGGUGAUACUGUGCAAUUCGCCGAAUACAUCCAAGCAAACAUCCAGCUAUAUUCGAUGCGAAACAACAUGGAGCUGUCACCUGCUGCCACGGCCAACUUCGUUCGGGGAGAGCUAGCACGAGCCCUACGGUCACGGAAACCUUACACGGUGAACCUGUUACUCGGCGGCUACGACACGAUUACCGACAAGCCUACACUGUACUGGAUUGAUUACCUUGCGAGUCAGGCGGCGUUGCCCUAUGCGGCACAUGGAUACGCCCAGUACUACUGCCUCUCACUGCUCGACAAGCACCAUCACCCGGACAUCGACUUCGAGCAGGGCAUGAAGAUCUUGCGGAUGUGCACAGAGGAGCUCAAACGACGCCUCCCGAUCGACUUCAAGGGUGUUCUCGUCAAGGUCAUAACGAAGGACGGUGUCAGAGAUGUGGACUAUGAGGAUGACGUGAAGGUUUCGAUCCCAUAAACGGGUGACUGACGAGUGGAGCUUUGGAGUUUAGGCAGCUUGAACGACAAGUGUACUAUAGCGUCUACGAGCAGGCAUGAUGGGCACCUUGUAAAGAGGCCAAAGCCAUGAUUCUAGAAUCACGAUAAAUAUGCCAUAAUCUAACGACAAGCAUCAGGAAAGCAAGAGCUGUA